GUUCUUCAAAGCACAAACCAAUUCUCGACCAAAAGAUCAGAACAAAGCGAAGGCGGAUUUUCUGGAUUCUCGACGGCCGGAGAUUCAUGGCGACGGCUAACGGAGCAAAGAGUCCGUCGAGUAUGGGCCCUAAGGUUUUGUUUUAUUCCAUAUUGCUCACACUUCAGUACGGAGCCCAGCCUCUGAUCUCCAAACGCUGCAUCAGAAAGGAUGUUAUUGUAACUUCAUCUGUUUUGACGUGCGAGAUUGUUAAGGUCAUAUGUGCUCUGAUUCUCAUGGCAAGAAAUGGUAGUUUGAAGGGAUUAGCAAAAGAGUGGACGUUGAUGGGAUCCUUGACAGCAUCAGGACUUCCUGCAGCCAUAUAUGCACUGCAGAACAGUUUGCUGCAGAUCUCAUACAGGAGUCUUGAUUCCUUGACAUUUUCAAUUCUGAAUCAGACGAAAAUCUUUUUCACAGCAUUCUUUACUUUCAUAAUACUAAGGCAGAAGCAAUCAAUUCUACAAAUAGGAGCCUUGUGUCUAUUGAUCAUGGCAGCAGUCCUUCUAAGUGUUGGUGAAGGCUCUAACAAAGAUUCAAGCGGCAUUAAUGCGGAUCAAAAGCUGUUUUAUGGAAUUAUCCCGGUCUUGGCAGCCUCUGUCCUGUCGGGUUUAGCCUCUUCUCUGUGUCAAUGGGCUUCUCAGGUCAAGAAGCAUUCAUCAUACUUAAUGACGGUUGAAAUGUCUAUCGUUGGAAGCCUCUGUUUAUUAGUAAGUACUCUUAAAUCUCCAGAUGGUGAAGCGAUUAAAAAAUAUGGCUUCUUUCAUGGUUGGACUGCUUUAACACUGGUAAUAAACUAUCUCUUUUUUUUAUCCACAAAACAAUUCUUUUGAUAGCAAAACAGUGAAUUCUGAUUGUUUGUAUGCACUGUGACUGUUGUUAUAGGUCCCAGUAAUAAGCAAUGCUCUUGGUGGGAUUCUUGUUGGCCUAGUUACAUCACAUGCCGGUGGUGUAAGAAAGGGAUUUGUGAUUGUGUCGGCAUUACUUGUGACGGCGCUACUUCAAUUUGCGUUUGAAGGAAAACCGCCAUCAUCGUAUUGCCUAGUUGCUCUUCCUCUUGUGAUGAGUAGUAUCUCAAUGUACCAGAAAUACCCAUACAUUGACAAGAAGAAGAAGAAGGUGUAAGAAAAAGGUUCCAUUCAGAGAAUAGCUGCUAGUUACAACAAUGAGAUAUCUUAAUGCCAUUAUUAUUAACUAAGUAGAUGAUAGUGUGAUUCUUGGAGCAUUCAAAAGACUUUGUAGUAUAUUUACAUUCAAAGAUGGAAUGAGUCCAAUUGAGUUU